GAAGCACCCACUGACGCCUGGCGUGACCCUGCUCGCAAAUAUGGAAAUGGAAAAGAAGCUGCUCAAGAAACUCUGCCGGGACAACGACCUGUACGUGACGCCAGCCAUCAAUGACAAGCUUUACCUGCACUACAAAGGUUUUCGAUGCAUUAAGAAUUUGGAAGAGUACACGGGAUUGAAGGUCUUGUGGCUCGAAGGCAACGGAUUGCCUCGAAUUGAGGGGUUGGAGCACCAGACGGAGCUACGGACACUUUAUCUGCAUGAGAACUUGAUCCAGCAAAUAGAGGGACUGGAGUCACAGCUGCUGCUGGACACUCUCAACCUCUCUCAGAACCAGAUCUCCUGCAUCGAGAAUCUUGGCCAUCUCAAGCAGCUAUCGAGCUUAGCACUCAAGUCGAAUUAUUUGACGACCGCAAAGGAUAUUGCGCAUGUGCUGGAAUUGCCGAACCUGUCCGUCUUGGACAUUCAGAGCAAUCGUAUCAACGAUACUGACAUCGUAGAUAUCCUCACCCAGCUGCCGAAUCUCAAGGUCUUGUACUUGCAGGGCAAUGAAGCUGUGAAACACAUCAAGCAAUACCGUAAGACGAUGGUGUACCGUUGCCGAAAACUGAAGUACUUGGACGACCGGCCAGUUUUCGACGACGAGCGACGUCGCGUUGAGGCGUGGGGAAAGGCUCUCGAAGCAUCCAAUGGAGAUAUGAAGGCAGCUCAAGACGCUGAACGCCAGGAAAUGGAGGCAAUUCGUCGUGAAAAAAAGGAACGGGAUGAAAAGAACUUCUUGUACUUCGAGCAGAUGGUGAUUGAAGGGCGCCGCAAAAGACGCGAGGAGGAGGAACGGAAAUGCAAGGCCGGAAACCCAGAGGACGAAGACACGACAGAGGAAAUCAAUCCGUUCUCUGGAGAAAGAAUCGUCCCAGUUCAAGACUGCGCGUUCCUGCAACAAGAGCGCGAAAAGCGGUGGGAAGCUGUUGUCAAUGCACCGGACGAGCACAAUUUCGGUGGCAACAACGCCGUCAACGAGAAUAAUCAAAGCACCGAUAAUGAUUCUCCUACUUCAUCAAACGUCGCUGUUGCAACUGGAACGAUUCCUGUCGACGAAAGACGUAUGGAAGUUCUGCAUCAAUGCGCCACCGUUGGGUCUGCCAGUACAUCAGGGAAAGACUGUUUCGUCAACGCUUCGUUUGAGAUCUCGCAUGCUGGUACCGGGGGGAUUGGUGAAGCUCCUGCUGCGGAGGCGCCGAUCAACAGCAGCGAAAGGAAGGCUAAGGGCAUUGAUCAGGAUAAGAUAACAGCAUCAACUGAUGCCCCAACUCCUUCAACGAUGCUGUUACCUCCUCCUGCCCCAAUUGUGUUUGCCCCAAACGUCUCGACUGAUGACACCUCAACGGCCGGAGGAAACCUCGAAUCUCCAGCACCAGACAACACGGAAGGACAAACGCAGCUAAAGUUGAUUAAACGCUCAUCCAGUUUCCUGCUCCCACCACCACCUCCGCCAUCAGAAGUGAGAUCAACUGAGCAAGUCGAGGAAGACCCGCAUGACAUGCCGCCGUCCACUCAUACAGACGUCAAUGGACUGGACUAG